AUGCCGUCAGAAUUAGAAGAGCUUGUAGAAUUCCUGCAUCACGGCAACACGCAGAUCAGACAGACUGCGGCCGAACACCUCGUCGGAUAUUCACAAGCAAACCCUUCCUUGUGGAAGCGCAACCAACUAGAGCCCAUUAGGGAUCUCAAGCUACUCGUCAAGGACUAUGCGCCCAUAGCGAAGAACGCCCUUACCAUUCUCAUCAACGUCUCGGCAGACGCUGAGGUCCAGAAGGCACUGGCCAAGGACGAUGAAUUUCUCGAGACGCUACUAUCGCGGAUAACCAACUCGAAAGAGCCAAAUGCGAACGAGAUCGCAAUGCUCCUCGCCAAUAUGGCCAAGGAGGAUUCACUACAACGCGUCUUGGAGUUGAAGCGCGACAUACCAAAGGAGCUGUCCAAGUCGACGUGGGCCAUGGACCAGCUCAUGGACUGCUUUGUCAAGGGCGCAGAGGGCGCUUACAACAAGCACGCAGACUUUGACUACCUCUCGUACUUCUUCGCCGAUCUGGCCAAGUUUCCCAAAGGCCGCGAAUACCUCACUACACCCCAGGAGCAUGACGACAACGUAAUUCCAAUCACCAAGAUUCAGGUCUUCACCGAUCACACCUCGCACAUCCGACGCCUUGGUGUAGCAUCGACGAUUAAGAAUGUCGCAUUUCACGUCCCUGCGCACCCAGUACUGCUAUCCAAUCUAUCCUCCGACCCCAAUUUACCACCACCCUCUAUCGGUGCGAACUUACUUCCUUAUAUUCUUCUACCCCUUAUGGGCCCAGAAGAAUACGCGGAUGAUGACACGGAGGGCAUGUUGGAUGAGCUGCAACUCCUCGAGCCAGACAAGGAGCGCGAGAAGGAUAAUGAAAUCAUCAAGACACAUCUCGAGACACUACUUCUGCUGAGUACGACACAAGAAAGUAGGGAAGUGCUGAGACGCGUCAAAGUCUACCCAAUCGUCAGAGAGUGCCACAUGCACGUCGACGAUGAAGGAGUUCAAGAAGCAUGCGAUCGUGUGGUUCAAGUCAUCAUGCGCAAAGAAGAAGGCGAAGAGGAGGAUAUACCAGACAUGGCUAGCGCAGGUGGUAGCGGGAAGCUAAUGGGGCUGGAGAACGUGGAAGACGAUGAAGAUGAGAAAAUCGUUGACGUCGUUUAG